CCAUAUUGUACACAAGAAGAAGACGCACAUGCUGAUUUCAGAGAAAGUACUGAGAGAUAAUGGACCAACUUUUGUGAAAAUAAAAAAAGUACACGUUGUUUAACGCAUCGGGUUUAUUUGCGAAGCAUGCGUGCUAUUAAGUUUUGACUCAGAGAACUGGAGGCCGAAUUAAAACUCGCCAUUGUGCCAGUUUUCUCUCCGGUUUAGCUUUGCUGUGUAGCAUCCUGGCUAACCGGUGUAGCUGUAGGACAGAUCACAACCAGGUGACUUCAGGACGGGGACCCCCCCGCCUGCCGUUGACCGUGUAGUCAAACCCUGCCGUCCUCUUGCUGCCGCCUGGGACUUCAUGUUUAACCACCUCGCCGCUGCUCUUACGCUGCUUCCCCGCCGCCUGCUCUCUUCCUGGCCGAGGACUCUGACCAGAGCCUGCCGCCUCCUCGGCAGGAUGGAUGCGGCCGUGGUGCGGUGCCUCCCCGGGGAGCCAAAACUCACCAUCUCCUUCUCUCUGGACGGCAGCCACAAGCAAAUGCUGCGGGACCAGGACGAGGCUCUGGGCAAGGUCCUGGCCCGGAUCUCCAACAGCAUCACCAAGAGCCAAGGGAAGGCGAAGAAGUCGAAGAAGAACAAGGGAGCGUGUGAAAGCACCGCGGAACCCGCCGUGGUGAAGCUGUACUACGGAGGGGACGAGGUGGCCGACACGGUGCUGAACUCUGAGGCGUGGCAGGACGGAGCCGUGCUGCAGGUGGGGGACGUUAAAUACUCGGUGCAGAGGAACGCGCCCACCUUCACCACCGCUGAGCUCCCGGUGUCCCUGCUGGCCGGAUUCCCCGUCUGUCCAAAUCUGGAGGUGGAGUUUGGGAACCUCCAAGACUGCGAGUUCACGUGGUAUAAAGAAAAUGCCCCAGACACAAGCUCUGAAGCUGCUGAAGCAGUUCCGGGUCAAGACGGCGGUUGGACAGAAAUAGGCUGUGGGAGAGUCCACGUCCCGUCCAAUCAGGACAUCGGCUGUAGGCUCAAACUGCGCUGCAUACCUAAAGAUGGAAGACGCAGUGGCCCGGCCAAGGACCUGGUCUCUGUGGGAGCCGUAGAGGCCGGCCCAGGCGUGUGCACGUUCGACAACAGACACGCGUACACUAUCAAAGAGGCGGAGUGGCCGGCUGUGAGGGUGGUGUCGUACAACAUCCUCGCUGAUGUCUACGCCCAGACAGAACUGUCCAAGACAGUGCUUUACCCGUAUUGCGCCCCCUACGCCCUGCAGCUGGACUACAGACAGAACCUGAUCAAGAAGGAGCUGGCUGGGUACAACGCCGACAUCAUCUGUCUGCAGGAGGUCGACAAAGGGGUGUUCAUGGACAGUCUGACUCCAGCUCUGGAUGCUUUCGGUCUGGAUGGCGUUUUUAGGAUCAAAGAGAAGCAGCAUGAAGGACUGGCCACUUUCUACCGCAGGUCAAAGUUUCAGCUGCUGAGCCGUCAUGACAUCGUGCUGAGCAAGGCAUUGACCUCUGACCCCAUCCAUUCUGAGCUGUUGGAGAGGGUUUCUGCAAACGGCGCUCUGAGGGACAAGAUACUGCAGAGGUCCACCGCCCUGCAGGUCAGUGUGCUUGAGGACCUGAAUAAACCAGGCAGGAAGGUCUGUGUGGCCAACACUCACCUGUACUGGCACCCGAAAGGAGGGAACGUUCGCUUGGUCCAGAUGGGCGUGGCUCUGCAACACCUGAGUCAUGUGAUCAGCGAAGUUGCACCUGGAGCCCCUCUGAUCUUUAGUGGUGAUUUUAACUCCAUCCCUAACUCAGGUGUGUUCAAGCUGCUCAGUGAGGCUGCGGUUCCUCUGCAGCAUGCAGACUGGAGCAGCUCGGGGCCAGAGGAGUCCUGCAGUAUGGAGCUGGUCUCUGCCUUCCCCCCGCUGUUGAGCGCCUGCAGCCAGCCGGCCUACACAAACUACGUGGGAGGAUUUCACGGCUGCCUGGACUACAUCUUCAUACAGCCGGACAGCAUGCAGGUGGAGCAGGUGAUUCCUCUGCCCAGCCACCAGGAGGUCACCACCUAUGAGGCUCUGCCCAGCGUGGCUCACCCCUCCGACCACAUCGCUCUGAUCUGUGACCUGCGCUGGAGCCCAUGACCUCUGACCUCCAACCACCUGGACAAAAGGCACGGGAGAACCGGACCAUCAGUUGCUCCUGCAAAUACACUCAGACUUUGGAUUUCUUUGCCCUUGAAUGAAGUCUGAGCGUUGAAACUUCUCCUGCAGUGAGAGAGAACAGAAACCUGGACGAGCAGAGAAAUUAUUUCACACAAGAGAACUGUCUUAAAUUACAAUAUGACUGAAGUGUUCAUAUUUUAUUAUUCACAGUACAAUAAUUAUUUCAUUUUAAUCACUGACAUUCAGUGUUGCAGUUGCUACUGGAAAAAGUAAUGAAUUGCACAUUGCUUGUUUACUUGGUACGUACUCUAACAGAAAGUCGCACUACUGCAUCAUACUAGGUUGAUAAUUAUUGUCAGCCUGAGCUCAUUAUCAACAGAGGUAAUCUGACUCUUGCUGGCUUCUUUAUACAAUGGCAUGGUUAUUAAAUAAAUAUUAACAUUUUAA